UGAUGCCGUAUCCUUGGGCCUCAUCUCCUCCUCACCGCCGAUCAUUUCGAUCUCCUUCCCCUUUUCCAAUCUCCGAGAGGGAGAGAAGAGAGAGAGAGCGAGCGGAAGGCAGAGCUUCGAAAUUGAUAAAGUUGGUGGCCUUUUCUCACCUUCGAAUCCGAUGGCGAAGCCGGACUUCGUGAAGCGGGAGGAGGAAUUCUUCCCUUUCUCCAUCUUUGAUUCUCAAAAUGGUGAGGCAGUGAAGUCCCGCGGGCAGUUGAUUGAAAGAAAGAUUGAUGUUAUUGAAAGCUUGGCGGGCAAGGUUAGUAAUCGUCGAUCACGCAGAUGGUUGAAUGAUCGUUUACUUAUCGAACUUGUUCCCCGUUUGAAUGUCGAAGAAAUAAGGGGGCUCUUUGCUCCACCUCCAUGGGGGGACAGCACACCAUUGUCGGCAUUUUGCAUGACAAAUGUUGGAGAAUGGGAUGCAUUUAGGAAUGUUGAUAUGGAUGUGGAGGCAAACAUGAUACAAGCCUUGGAAAAAUCUUCAACAAAAAGAAAAGGCCAUGUUGAUAAUGAUAAGAAGAUUGCAUUGAAUGCAUGGCAUCGGGUAGAUUGCCGAACAAGAGAAGCACUGCGGCGUAAUUUCCUAUCCGAACUGGUUGAGAGUUAUGAAGAACACGUACGGGCAUUCAUCAAGGAUAGUGGAGAUGGCGAUGUGCUUGUGCUACAUGUUCAAGAUCCAUUUCACAGACUGUUGCUGCAUGGUGUAUGCGAGUUCUACAACCUGAUCUCUGUAACUGUUUCAACUGCGCCGGGUGCAAUGCGGUGGAAGAUGACAAAGAUUAAGAAGAAAUUGGGUUCUCAAGAGAUACCCCCAAAUAUCACACUUGUCCAAUUUCUUAAAAUGGCAAAGGAUGGGCUUUUAUAGUGUGCCUUAGGGGGAGAAACCCUUUGUAUAUUGAUUGAUUAUAAAUGUGAUCAAUUGCAGAUGUAAAUUAUUUAUCCCACGAAGCUGUUGGCUCAGUAGUCGGACAAAAUUCUACUUCAGAUGCAAUGCUAGAUUUAAGCAGCUACAGCUUAAUAAAAUAAUACACAUUCAUGUUCAUGGAA